GCAGCAGGAAGUGUGUUUAUUGUUUGGGAACGGAACGGGACUGGAUUUGUGCGCGUGUGCGCGCGCCCGGGACUUUUGGGUGGUGGCUGUUUGUUUUACUGGAACAGCAACAGCAAAUGCUCUGGAAUGCCCAGCUAACUUUAGUUACUCAGUCGAGUUUGAGCGAAAUUUCACAUUUCCUUUCAACUUCUAUCGACUCCGCUCUUCUUUUGUCCGUGCUGAAUUCUGAGGGCGGGAUAUCUCGGUUCAGAGCAGCUUUUAUCGAUUCCUUCACAGAGAAAGCUAACGGGAUAAAGCGUGCUAAAGUGAGCCCAGAUGCAGGCCAUAAAGUGUGUGGUCGUCGGGGACGGGGCUGUGGGAAAAACAUGCCUUCUGAUCAGCUACACAACCAAUGCUUUUCCCGGGGAAUACAUCCCUACUGUAUUUGAUAAUUAUUCUGCUAAUGUGAUGGUCGAUGGGAAGCCGGUGAACCUGGGACUGUGGGACACAGCAGGGCAGGAGGAUUACGACAGGCUUCGACCACUCUCCUAUCCUCAGACGGAUGUGUUCUUGAUUUGUUUCUCUCUUGUGAGUCCAGCCUCGUUUGAGAACGUCCGUGCGAAGUGGUAUCCAGAGGUCAGACAUCAUUGUCCCAACACUCCUAUAAUUCUGGUUGGGACUAAGCUUGACCUGAGAGACGACAAGGACACUAUAGAAAAGUUGAAAGAGAAGAAACUAACACCCAUCACCUACCCUCAAGGUCUCGCUAUGGCCAAAGAAAUAGGAUCUGUGAAGUACCUGGAAUGCUCAGCCUUAACACAACGUGGUCUUAAGACGGUGUUCGAUGAAGCCAUCCGUGCGGUCCUGUGUCCGCCCCCAGUCAAGAAAGGAAAGAGGAAGUGUUAUAUCCUCUGAACUGACUGUACUCGCAGCGCCAGCUACAAUCUGAGUUCACCUGAGAGGAGAACAGUGGAGGCGGGGAUGAUGGGAAAUGUGUGUUGGGGAAGAAGAAAUAGUCUGCACAGUGUAUCCAUACAGAUAUUUCUCCCUCUUGCAUUGCAUUUAGAAUUGCACCACUAACUAGCUGUUAAGAUGCCAGAUUAUUUGCUUCCGAGUGAUGAGGAGUGGCAUCCAUAGUUGUUUUCCUUCCCGUACAGUAAGACAUUCCUGCUGCCUUCUAAUGAUCUCCUUUUUUUUAAACUAAAUACUCCUUUCAGUGUAUUUCUCCAUCUUUGUGAGCCCAUAUAUUUUGUUUACAAUCUGUUUUGUAGAAAAUGAAUUAUUGCCAAACGUUAAACCCACAUGGAUUUUAAUUUGCUCACACUAACAGUCUGAUUUUUCCUAAAGGGUGGGGGGUGUCAAUCAUGCAUACUACUAAGAAACUGAGAUUGCAGUAAUGUUGAAGGAACUAUUUUAUGUUUCCAUGCUAGAGAUUUUAUUUUGUUAACUGUACAAGAAACAAACCUACGGUAGUUACAUGCAUAUAACGGCUUUGUUUUGUCAGUAUAUAGCAUAUUUUCACUACUGUAUAUGAAUAUUCAGAAGGGCAAACCUCUUUUAUUAAUCUCUCUCUGUAUUUAAGCCAGGCUUUUGGAGGAGUCGGACAGUGUUUUAACCAUUUUAGAGUCCCAGUAUUGUAUUUAGAUGACAGAUCUACCAGUGCCUAGGAUCAGUAUCAGACCAGAGUUUCACUGCAAAGCUGAGCAUGUCAGAAGUUUCUGUACUGUAGACACCGCAACACUAUGGGAUGGGGUUCAUAUUCUUGAAAGAUCCCCUUGAAGACUGUGCAGUUUGUUGUAAAGGUACAGACUAAGUAUUAAACUUCUAAUUGGAUUUCAGACAUGGUUCAAGACGAAAUGGUUGGAAUUUACAACAUGGACAUUUUAAUUUUGACAGAUCUGUAACUUUUUAAAAACAUUUAAAAUGCUUUAUUCAUGCUUUUAUUGUCUCCACUAAAGCUACAGUGCAUUAACUUUUAUAUCUGUAAAAAGAAACCAAACAUUUGUCUUUGUUCUUGGUUUUCCAUGUACACUUCAUGCACGGAAGUGUUGGGACACCCCCUUCUAAUAAACAGGUUUGACUACUUGA